AUGAUCUUAUUUUCACAGACUAUGGUUGGAGUCAUGGGAAAUUUUUUUCUUCUUUAUCAUUAUCUUUUCAUUUACCAUACUAAAAGCAAGUUGAGAUGUAUAGAUUUGAUUCUCAAGCACACACUGAUAGCCAACUCCUUACUUAUUCUUUCUAAAGGACUGCCUCAGAUAAUAGUAGACUUUGGACUAAAAAGUCCUGUCAAUGAUUUUGUCUGCAAACUUAUCUUUUAUAUUGAAUGCGUGGGCAGGGGCAUGUCUGUUGGAACCAUCUGUCUGUUGAGUAUCUUCCAGACGAUCACAAUCAGCCCCAUAAACUCCUGCUGGAAAGACCUUAAAAUAAAAACCUCAAAGUAUAUCAGCUUUUCCAUUUGCCUAUGCUGGCUUCUGCACGUGGUGGUAAAUUUCAUUUUGCCUCUCUAUACAUUGUUUGUGUCUGGAAAAUGGUAUAGCAAAAACAUCACAAAGGAGAUAAAAAUGAGAUUCUGUUCCUUUGUAGGUCAUGGGACAAUCCCAGGCUCAAUCUAUAUAGCGUUGGUAGCAUUCCCUGAAGUUGCUUGUUCUGUGCUCAUGAUCUGUGCAAGUGGCUCCACGAUUUUUACUCUGUACCAACACAAGCAGAGGGUCCGACACAUUCAUAGGACAAAUGUCUUGUCCAGAACCCCUGAGUCCAGAGCCACCAAAAGCAUCCUCCUUCUGGUGGGCACUUUUGUAUCUUUUUACAGCCUGUCCUCCCUCUUUAACAUUUCUAUCACCCUUUUUCCUCAGGAAUAUUGGUUGCUGAUGAGCAUUUCUGAUAUAAUUUCUCUGUGUUUUCCAACUAUGAGCCCCUUUCUGCUAAUGAGCCAGGACUCUUUUACAUCCAGGCCCUGCUUUGUUUGGAUAAGGAACGCCCUCCCCACUUAUAAGAAAUGA